AUGCUAGCCGCAUAUCGAUGUGCUGCCUACUAUAAAGAAGACGAUAUACACCGAGUUUGGAAUGACAUCAUUGAUCAAGAGUUCAAUGGCCAACAAGAUUGUGCCUUCCAAAAUGUUUUAUCGUGCAUUGGUGAUUUGGCCUUGUUGUACAAAGGUGGAAAUUAUUUCCCCGAAGAGUUCAUUGUGCUCUUGUUGUUGGAAAAAACUCGAGAUCGGCGCAUGUCAGCAGAUCUCUUUCCGCUUCUCCUCAAAAAGAUGAAGAUGCCGCUUGGCAUUUUUCUCAAGUUUAUCACGGAAGAGUUUCGUUCUGAUCGUAUCUGGUCAACCAAUUUGAAAGCUCUUCGUUUCUUUUGUCGACUUGACGGA